UCCAUUGCGUGGUGAACCACAGCUGCGCUCCCUAGCACACAUUGUACCACUGAAGGAAGCUCUGCAUGACGCUGCUUUUCAGAAGAAUUAUCCGAAGAUCUAAGUCAGUGUCCGGGCAGGGUCAAUCCUAAAGGUCACUUUGCAGCCACACCCUCUACUGAGUCAGAGCCAGAGAAGGCAUUGCCUCCUAACGGUGUCAUCGGCCUUCCGGAGCUGUGGGUGGUAGUACUUAAAGGUGUACGAAGAAUUCUGUCGUUCCAGCACGUAGGCCAGCGCCAAGGUACAAUAUGAUCAGAAGCGUGUUUCCAAAGCUCACCGUUUGUGCAUUGCUCGUGCUCCUGGUCACGGGCCAUCCUUUGCCUGAGGACCCCGAUUCAGGCUCUGCCUCUCAACCAUCGGCGCAUGAGAUUGCUGACGCAGUGAGGCAGGUUUCCGCAGAGAGUCCAGCCUCACAGGACACGGUUGCUGAAGCAGCCGCUGCUGAAACCGUAGCCGAAGCAGCAGCAGCGGCACCAGUGGACGAAGGAGCUGCUCAAGUGGCAGCGGCCGCAGCCGUGGGUGCCAGCAGCGGCGCGCACGGCGCACCCGUAGUAGCGCCCGUCGGCGCAGGAGCCGCCGCAUUGCCCCACGUCUCGGGAGUCGUGUCGGGUCCACGCUACGAGCAUGAGUCGCAGCAGCAAGCGGCUAGGCAAGAGGCGUUCAGCGAGGCAGCGCAAGGCGCCCAGCAGGGCAGUCAGGCAGCCGAGUCCGGCGAGGCCUUCAAGAAGGUCGAAGGCUUCGAGAACCAGAGCGGCUUCCGAAAGCAGGAUGGCUUUUCGGAGAAGAGCAGCAACCGCUACGGGUCCGGAUUCUUCCAGGGCAGCGAGGGACAGCACGAGUUCAACCGUGGAAACCAGCAGGCCUUUGGAGUCGCUGGUUACGGUGCACACCACUCGCAGGGCGUGGUCGGCAGCCCCAACUACCACGAGCUCCUGAAGGUCGGCUUCAUCCCAUGAUUAGGUCAAGAACACCAUGGCGUCGGAGCAGUACUUGCGGCUUCCGUUCUUGCAGAUCGCGCCUGCAGCAGGUCCCAUCAUAAUCAAAUUUGUUUCUCAAUAAACAACUCGUAAACAUUC